CCCCUCUGCCGGAUCCUCGGCCCACCAGGCGCGGGGUCGCGAGCGCGCCGCGUCGCCCGCACGCCGCCCACCCGCAGAACCUGAGCGCGGCCUGCGGCCCCGGGGCCGCCACAUUUGCUGAGCUCACGCGCCGAGCCAGGCCUGCGCAGGUCCCCGAGGAGAGCCGGUCAGAUGCCGAGGACUACAGCAGACAUUGGCCGAGGCCCGCCGAAUGCGCAGAAGGGCCCGACAGGAAAAGGAGCGGCUGAGCAGGCUUGAGGGAUCAGACGCCGGGAGGGCCGGGGGCUGGCAGGGGACGGGCUGACGUGUGAGGCGCCGGGUUCGACCGGAGCCUCGUUUUUAGGGAAUGGGAGAGGGGGGCCUGGAUCUGCGUUGAAAGCUGGAUUCUGGAAGGAUGAAGUCCUCCCUGUCUCCUAUGGGGCUCCCUGUGAGCCGGGACCGCGUCAUCGCCAGCUUCCCCAAGUGGUACACGCCUGAAGCCUGCCUGCAGCACAAGGAGCACUUCCACGGGCAGGUCAGCGCAGCCUGCCAGCGCAGGAACACGGGGACUGUCGGGCUCAGGCUCUCCAAGGUGGUUGUCGUUGGCGAUCUCUACGUGGGGAAGACCAGCCUCAUCCACAGGUUUUGCAAGAAUGCGUUUGACCGAGACUAUAAGGCCACCAUUGGGGUGGACUUCGAAAUCGAGCGCUUUGAGAUCGCAGGGAUUCCCUACAGCCUCCAGAUCUGGGACACAGCCGGGCAGGAGAAGUUCAAGUGCAUCGCGUCUACCUACUACCGGGGUGCCCAGGUGAUCGUCACAGCCUUCGACCUCACCGACGUGCAGACCCUGGCGCACACCAGGCAGUGGCUGGCGGACGCACUGCAGGAGAACGCGGCGAACUCCUGCUUCAUCUUCCUCGUGGGAACCAAGAAGGACCUUCUGUCAGGGGCAGCGUGUGAGCAGGCCGAAGCGGAGGCCGUGCACCUGGCCAACGAGAUGCAGGCUGAGUACUGGUCGGUGUCCGCCAAGACCGGGGAGAACGUGAAGGCGUUCUUCAGCCGCGUGGCCGCCUUGUCGUUCGAGCAUUCGGUGCUGCAGGACCUGGAGAGGCGGAGCAGCACCCAGCUCCAGGUCGGCGAGGGAGACGUCAUCCGAGUGAAAGGAAGCUCACCUGAGAGCCAGGAGGGCAGCGGGCUCUCCAGCCUGGGCUGCUGUUAGCUGGGACCUGCGUCCGAGGCCUCCACACCCCCCACGCUCAUGGACAGCAACUUCUGAACCUGUGGAGGGGUGACGUGGAGCCUGAGCUCUGCGGCAUGUCUGCCCUGAGGUGGGGGGGCCUAUGCUCUGGGCCCUUCACCCACCCACUGCGCAGAGCUCCAGGGCUCGGCCACUCCUCGUUGGCAGGUCCUGGAGCCAGGAAAGGCCCCCGCUGGCUGCCUGGGGGCCCCACACAGCCUGGGAGGGGUACUGCAGUGAUCUCCUGAAAGGCUGGUCCCACCUGCAGGGACAUCAGACAGUCUCCCUUGGUCUUGAAAGGCCUCAGGACUGCUAACUGGGGACGCUCCUGCCCCGGCCCACACCCGUCGCCCAUGGCCCGUGUCAGCAGUUGACCCCAGCACUCCCUCCCA